CACCGCUCUUGCAUAACAGCCAAAAUUUGUCUAUUAUAAAUUGUAUUUUAAAAUCUACUGGCAUUAUUGCUUCAUAUUUAAACUUAAAAAAUAUUGUGUAUUUUUAUUUUUACUUAUUUUUCGUUGAAACGUAUUUUAUUUUACGUUUUUUUUUAAAAAAACAACGGAACGGCAUAUUUUAAAACGCUUUUUUAAAAUCAUCAAAAAUGUUGUCGAAUUUCCUCAGUUAUUUUUUCCUAGUAAUAGCAAUUAACCAUUUAUCGAGUGACAUCGUACGGAUUUUUAUGUAUUCUACUUUGAUGUUCUGGAUAAUAUUUAAAAAUGUUAAAUAUUACAAAAACCUUCCGCCUGGACCAUGGGGCAUCCCGUUGUUGGGCAUCCUCCCCUUCUUGAACCGCCGUCCUCCCCACGUGGUUUACGUGAACAUGUCUAAGCAAUAUGGCGACGUGUUCUCUGUUCAAAUGGGCUCCAACCUCACCGUCUGCAUCGGCUCCACUAUGCUCAUGAAAGAGUUCUUCAGCAGAAACGACUCCACCGGCAGGCCUCACACUCCUUUGAACAAUCUCCUUGGUGGACUGGGAGUAAUCACGAGUGAGGGUGAUCUGUGGAAGAGGCAGCGCCAGUUCCUUCAUGAAAAAUUCCGCGCUCUCGGCGUCAAGCUAUGGCCUAACACCCGUUUCGAGAAAGAAAUCUUUGUGGAAAUUGAAGAACUGAUGGCUGAAUUAGAUGGAUCUAAAGGAAAAGCCGUGAACCCCACCAGCUUGUUCGGAAGACACAUCCACAAUGUCAUUACCCAGUUGAUGAUGAGCUUCCGUUUCACGGCCAAUGAUGAAGCCUUCACCAUGUUCAACGAAAGGGUGUCCAGAGGCAUGAGGUUGUUUGGGCUGGUGCUUAUUGGAGAACACGUGAAAGCCUACCUGAAACUACCAGGAAAACAAGUGAUCAUCAAUGAAAUUAAAAGGAAUUUAUCGGACCUGAGCCAGUUCCACCGUGAUCACAUAGUCGAGCGUAUGAAGGAACGCGCUAGUCUAACCAUUCCUAAGGAGCCUCAAGACCUGUUGGACCACUACCUUGACAAAAUUGAAGCUGAAAAGAAGGCUUUGGACAAGAAUGAAAAGAAGAAUAUUUUCCCUGGUGUUCAACCUGAAAACCAAAUAGUCCAAGUAAUGAACGAUCUCUUUUCUGCUGGUAUGGAGACUUCUCUGUCAACAUUGAUGUGGACGUUUAUCAUGAUGCUGAGGAAUCCUGAGGUAGCUGACAAGGCUCGGUCUGAGCUGAAGAAGGUGGUGCCCCCUGGUGAGAUGGUGACAAUGGCCCAUCGUUUGGAACUGCCUUACAUUGAAGCUGUCCUUUUGGAAACGAUGCGAUAUGUGUCAAUCGUGCCUUUGGGGACCACGCAUGUUAAUACUGCGGACUGGAAAAUCGGCAAAUACAUCGUUCCCGCUGGCACUCACAUCAUACCUCUCAUCAACAAGAUGAACAUGGACCCUGACAUCUACCCAGAGCCUGAACUAUUCAAGCCUGAGAGAUUCAUCAAAGGCGACAAAUUCACCGUGACGGACACAUUCAUGCAAUUUGGAAUCGGUCAGAGAAUGUGCAUCGGCAACUUACUGGCCAGAAUGGAACUAUUCCUUUUCUUCUCGAACGUUAUGCACAACUUUGAAUUCAGAAUGCCCGAAGGAGAAGAAAUCCCACCAUUGGAGGGAAUUUUGGGCGCGACUCACGCUCCAGUGCCUUUCCAAUUAUGCUUCACGAGGCUUCAAGGUACCAUGUAAUCCUUAUUUUAGUAUUGCUGGUGCAGAGGCUAGGCAAUCUUACUGAGGAGGUGGUAUAUGAGGGCAUAUAAUAAAUCAAAUAUUUAGAGAUUAAGAUCGUAUUGAGAUCACAAUGAUUGAUAUAGUAAAAGAGUGUGUUCACCUGCAUACAGGGUUAGUUUUAAGAUCUAAAGGUUUAGUUCGAUGCCCGAAUACUAAAAUACCAGUGCUUAAAUGUAUGUAAAUAACCAAGUCUUUAAGCACAAUUUAAUUAACAUAUCUGUAGUUAAGUAAUGGGCAUUAAAACUAAUAUGAAUAGCAUGUAAUUUUGAAGUAAUACUUCACGCCUACUUAGCGCUGCUUUUGGUACCUAUAUUAACGUAAGAAUAUUAAUUUGAGAUUCCUGUUUUGAAUAUUAAUCCCAGUUUUAUUUUGUUGGGGUCUAGUUUUAAGAUUUUGUUUUCUUGCUAUGUUACUAACACACUAUUAGUUUUACGUCAUUUAAUUAUAAGUUACAUUAAAAUCAUCCGCCUUUAGUUUAAGGUAUUUGCUUUCUAAUAUCGCUUUUUGAUAUUAAGAGCAAUGUUUGCUCUGCAAGUCAUUUGUAUCCGCCAGAUAAGUUAGUUGAACAAAUAUCUUGGAUUAGAUCGUUAUUCACAAGCUUUAGAAACUUUCACCGCUACACUUCCUAGGAAACCGUAUUGUUGAUAUCUUUAGUAAAGCGAUUGUUCAAUCUAAGGUACGGUAGAAAAGGCAUCAUGUAUUGUUACUACUAAGGGCUGAUUACACUAUUUAUAACCAAGCUUUGACAUUUUAAAGAAAUAAUGUGAAAUAACGCAAUUUAGCACAAAGCUAUUAUUUACGACUACAUUUACACUAUAGUAAUAGAAUCUUUAGCUCAGUUCAGCUUUAGUUUGUUUGGUGUAAUCGAUCCUUAGUAAAUAGAGGAACUUGGCCUUACAAUGUCUUACUGUGACAAAGGUAAAACUUUGUCUUGUUUGUACCUUCCUUCCACUUUAAUUAAGUCUACUGCUAGAAGUUUCUUAGCGGACUAAUUGGGUUUUAUGCUUUGUUACAAAGUAUUUUUCUGUCAUUAUUCUUAUUGUGAUGUUAUUCAUUAUUUUCAAAUUGUUGUGAGCUUUCUUUAAGGGAGCGAGGAUAUGACAUCUAAUUUAAUACGAGUGAAUGAUUUGAAAUUAUUCUCAAAUUCAUACAAUAAUAUGAAUGUAUAUUCGUAAUAUGUUGUACUGAUAUAGAAUUAUCCGCCUUAGGGUCAUCUUGCACAUAAAUAUUAAAACAUUGUAGUAAUAACUAUGUGAUAUAAAAUUUAACAGUCUUCUUAUGUUCCGACAGUGGGUGCACAUACCGCACAGAUAGCAAAUGUGUCGUACCAAGAUAGAAGUAAGUUGUACAUUUAGGUGACAUUUUAUUUUAAGAAGUUGUUUUUGCUUAUUUAUAUUUUGUUGUCAUUUUAUUGAAUAAAGCUUGCUUAAUUGAAA